CCCGACUUCAGCAAAUACUCCUCCAAGAAGGGCCCCCGCUCCAACCAGGUCUUCUCCUACUUCAUGGCUGGUUCCCUCGGUCUGGCCUCUGCCGUCGGUGCUAAGGCUACCGUUCAGGGUGGGUGACUCCGACUCUUCUCAGUGUUUCGCAUAUGAGCUUGGACUUGUGUGGGAUGACGGUGCACAACAACUGGAGGGAAUCAAUGACUUCGAUGGAUGGGAUUCAUGGGCUGCCUUGCCUUGCCGCUCCGAUCAUUAUCGCUGACGUGGGAUCAUAUCAAUAGACUUCCUGGUCAACAUGUCCGCCUCUGCCGACGUCCUCGCCCAGGCUAAGGUUGAGAUCGGUCUCGCCGCUAUCCCUGAGGGCAAGAACGUUAUCAUCAAGUGGCGUGGAAAGCCCGUCUUCAUCCGUCACCGCACCCAGGAUGAGAUCGAGGAGGCCCAGAAGACUGAGUGGCAGUCUCUCCGUGACCCCCAGGCUGAUGAGGACCGUGUCCAGAAGGCUGAGUGGCUUGUCAUGCUUGGUGUCUGCACCCACUUGGGUUGUGUCCCCAUCGGUGAAUCCGGUGACUUUGGCGGCUGGUUCUGCCCCUGCCACGGUUCCCACUACGACAUCUCCGGCCGUAUAAGAAAGGGUCCCGCUCCCCUCAACCUCGAGGUUCCCCAGUACAACUUCCCCUCCGAGGACACCCUCGUCAUCGGUUAAACGGAACCCCGACCAAAAAUCGAAACCUCAUGUGCAAUUAAGGGGGGAAGUGCGCUUUUCGCCGGCAUAGAAAGAGCAGGCUAGCCAAGCAAACCCUUUUUUUAGAGCGCCAGGGAAGGAAUGACGGAGAAGGUUUGUGUGUAUGUACGCGUGUGUUGUUGUGUCUGUAUGUGCCUGUGCUUUAGAUGAAAUCCUCUUUUUCUUAUCUCUUUUUUUUGUUCUCUC